AUGGCAAGCAGGGGUCUUUGUCCAGAAGGCGGCGGGACUUCUCAGAAGCCCCCUCGCGCCUUCAGCGAAGUUUCCUGCGCCUUCGGGAGAGGCCCCGAAAACUUCCCCGGAAACCUCGGCACUUCCCCCCCGGGCUCGCCGCCGAGCCUGGGGAGAGCGCUGCUCCAGGCGGGCCCGACGCGCGGCGACCAGCGCCGCGGCCACGCCGCGACAGCCCCGGGCCUGCCCGAGGCGCUGCAGGCCCUGAGCGCCCUGGCGGUGGGCGCCGCCGCCGCACACCAGCUGAGCCAGGCGGCCACCCGCGCGCCGCCCGCGGUGGCGGCCGCCGGCGCGCUGCGCGCGCCGCUGGGAGCGGCGGCGCACAGAGCCGCGCCGCGGGCGCGGGCGGCGGCGGGGCCUCGCGGCGGCGUGCCCUCGGGAGACCUCCGCGCUCGCACCGCCGUGAUGGUCUGGGAGGGCCCCACGGCCGGGUGUGGCUCGCAGGCGGAGGCGGCGCGCUGCUCGAUCUGCUUCGAGGACUUCCGCGUCGGCGAGGAGCUCCGGGUGCUGCCCUGCUUCCACAAGUACCACCGGGCUUGCGUGGACACCUGGUUCCGGCAGCACCAGGACUGCCCCGUCUGCAAGCACAGGGUUCUCUAG